AGAAAAAGAACAUUAUUCUCUGUUUUGGCGGUUGAUCCUUUGUGGCGCUGGCUGGCGCCAAACCAUUAUGACAUGACGCACAGAGUUUUUCUCGGACCACUCUGUCUCUCUCAUUCUUUUCAACAAACACAUUCCCCUUAACUCUAACAUUUUUUUCUUUUCUUUUCUUUUCAAUUAAAUUAAUUAAUUAAAAACACAUAAUUACGUACAAAUUCAAAUGGAUGCAUGUUUCAUUGAUUCUCAACUCUUCCUUCAACAACCAUUCUUGAUUCAACGUCAGCAUUCCCAGGGUUUGAAGAGUUCUUUGUGUGAUAUGACACAAAGGAGAUUUCUUUGAAAUGUAUCUUUGUGGAAAUCUGAGGUUGCUUGUCACACCAGGAACCUAAGUAAUGAAUUCCGCCAUAGAUAACAGAGAAUUAAGUAGUCCAAAUGACAUUUUCAAUGGAAUUGAGAGAAAUGGGCAUUCAGUAUCCACUUAUGGUGAGGUGAAAGCUAAACAUCGAUUGGUUUUGGUUCAAUGGUUAAAUAGUCUUGUUCCUUCUUUGGAUUUUUCGACAUAUGUCACAGAUGGUGAGUUAAGAGCAUGCUUGAGCAAUGGUACAGUUUUGUGCCUGAUACUAAACAAGCUGCGGCCCGGUUCCGUGACUAUGGUCAGUGAAUCUGAUCAUUCUCUCCCAUCUCAAUCAGAAAAUGUAAAAACGUUUCUGAAAGCUUUGGAUGGAUUGGGGUUGCCACGGUUCGAAAUAUCAGACCUUGAGAAGGGAUCUAUGAAGCCUGUUGUGGAUUGUCUUUUAAUACUCAGAGCAAAAAGUCUGCAGCAUUCUUUGGGAGAUAAUGUUUCUGUAACCAAUUGCAAUUCAUCAAGUCCUCGUGGGUUUGCACCUUCCAGUUUUCAUUAUUCACCGCCGCCAUUUGGUGUGGACCGGACGAAGGGUUUACCCGAGUCAAGGUUUCAUCGUGUUAAGAGUAGCCCUCUUAUGACGGAACCAUCAGCUUCAUUAAUAUACCAAGUUGGUCAUAAGUUCCAUGAGGUGUUUCAAAUUAAACCUGGAAGCUACGCAGAUCUUCCUGCUUCAAAAAUAUCAGAAAUGAUGAAAUCAAACAGUUUAGAUAAUGCUCCCACCCAGUCGCUAUUAAGUGUUGUCAAUGGUAUUCUCGAAGAAAGCGUCGAAAGAAGAAAUGGAGAAAUACCUCAUCGAGUGGCGUGCUUGUUGAGAAAGGUUUCACAGGAGAUUGAGAGGCGCAUAUCAACUCAAGCAGAACAUAUGCGCAUUCAAAGUAAUCUUUUUAAGGCUCGGGAAGAAAAAUAUCAAUCGAGAAUAAGAGUACUUGAGACACUUGCAUCUACAAAUAGUAAAGAGAAUGAGAUAUUUGCUAGCCAGCUUCAGCAGUUGAAGGGUCUUAUCGUCAAAGAGGAAGAAAAGAAGGAAGAUGAAAAAGAAGUUAUUAGGUUGACGAAAAUGCUGGAGGACAAAAUUUUAGAAAUUUCAGAAUUGAAGCAAAAACUGGAAGCAGCCAAAAAAACAAAUGAAGCACAAUUCUCACAGUUGGAAGAAGAAGCUACAGAUGCUAAAGCAGAAACGAGACAUAAAUAUCAAGAAUAUGAGUAUCGAUUAGAAGAAUUGAGGAAUGAGGUUAAGGAACUUGAGGCUUCUUCGGAUUCAAAAUAUCAGGAGUGGAACAUGAAAAAGGACCAAUUGCUGUCUGUUAUAAAUUUUCAAUUUAUUUCCCUACAGAAAUUGAGAUUAUCUUGGGAAUCCAUUAAGCAAGAUGUUAAGAAAGGGGAAACGGUUUAUGCAGAGGAGUGUAAUCGAUUUGGUGUAAAUCUUAAACCACUCAUACAUGCAUCUGCAAACUAUCACACUGUCCUUGCUGAAAAUAGAAAAUUGUUUAAUGAAGUCCAAGAACUAAAAGGAAAUAUCAGAGUCUUUUGUCGAAUUAGACCAUUUCUUGUAGGCAAAAAGGAAAAACAGUCUAUUGUAGAAGACAUAGGUGAAAAUGAUUUGGUUGUGGCAAAUCCCUCCAGAGAAGGGAAAGAUGCAAUUCGAUCAUUUAAGUUCAAUAAGAUUUUCGGUCCUGCCGCAACUCAAGUGGACGUAUACUCUGACAUUCAACCUUUGGUAAGAUCAGUACUAGAUGGAUAUAAUGUAUGCAUAUUCGCUUAUGGCCAAACUGGUUCAGGGAAAACUUUCACAAUGACUGGUCCAAACGGAGCAACAAACGAGACUCUCGGUGUUAAUUAUCGAGCUCUAAAUGACCUCUUCAAAAUUUCCACAAGUAGAGCAAGCUUCAUAGACUAUGAGAUUUGGGUUCAAAUGGUUGAGAUAUAUAACGAGCAAGUUCGUGACUUGUUAUCAACCGUUGGUUCUCCAAAAAGACUUGGGAUAUUGACUCACUCUCAAACCAAUGGUAUAGCAGUACCAGAUGCUAGCAUGUUCCCUGUUAAGUCACCUUCAGAUGUCAUUAAGUUGAUGGACAUUGGACUUAAAAAUAGAGCUAUCGGUGCGACUGCUAUGAACGAAAGAAGUAGUCGUUCUCACAGUGUGGUCUCAAUUCAUGUUCGCUGGAAGGAUUUCAAGUCUGGUUCUACUCUGCAUGGUAAUCUUCAUUUGGUAGAUUUGGCAGGAAGCGAAAGAGUAGAUCGCUCUGAAGUCACCGGAGAUAGGCUUAGGGAGGCACAAUAUAUAAACAAAUCACUUUCGGCCCUCGGAGAUGUCAUUUUUGCCCUUUCUCAAAAGAGCUCCCAUGUACCAUAUAGAAACAGCAAGCUUACUCAACUUUUGCAAACUUCUCUUGGUGGUCAAGCAAAGACUCUCAUGUUUGUCCAAAUUAACUCAGACGUGAGUUCGUAUUCUGAAACUCUUAGUACUUUGAAGUUUGCCGAAAGAGUUUCUUCUGUUGAACUAGGUGCUGCACGGAAUAACAAGGAUGCUAGAGAAUUGAUGGAACAGGUGGCUUCCUUGAAGAACACUAUUUUGAAAAAAGACGAGGAGAUUGAGCGGCUUAAAUUGCCAAACCCGUCAGUUGGUGGUAUUUCUAAGCAAAUUCAAAAACUAUCAAGUGGAAGUUAUAAGCACCUUGAAAGUGAUAUCCAACAAGCAAUGGAUGAUCAUAUACAGCAAAAUGAAUUUCUCCAACCAGAAUUUUCAGAUGCAGAUUUUCAAGAAAGAUCAAGUGACAUUUCUGACAAUAGUCUUGCUCCGGGCACAGAUUUUGAUUGUUCUUCUGAAAAUUCCAUUUUCAAUGAAGCCAGAAAAACUUCAAAUAAGACACAGAAGUCGAAAGGAUUACUCAAAAGUGUCCGAGCAGUAAGGAAAUUAAUCCGAGUCCCAUCUACCACGGCGAUAACAAAGGAUUCCUUUAAGAAAUCACCAGGUAUGACAAGAAGCCCCAGUAUUGGCCAACUUAAAGCUCCAAAACGGUGGCAGUAAAGUAGGAGGCAGUAGCUACAAUUAAAUUGCAGAGUAUUCACGAUUUGACACGUGCCAUGUAAAUAUGGAUUCAGACUUUGUUCCUAUCUCAAAUUGAUGAUCGAGAUCAAUUAAUGUGUAUAACUGUGUGUUUAUUUUACUAUAAUGAAUCCAUAUCCGUGUAAAUAUAAUUAAUUCACUACUAUGUUUGAACUUCUAACACUUAGUCACAUGGGUGACAUUUUUGUGGAUAUAUUGUAACAGAUUUUGUAUUUAUAAUCAUAUGAGAAGAAAAACAAAUUAUAUAA